AUGCCUGAAAAUGUAGCUGAGGAUGAUAUGAAAUGGGCACCUUCGGUGGUUGUUUAUGUAGUAGGAGUAACACCAUCUAUUGGAGCUAUGGAAAGAUUUGCAAAUGAAGAGGAAAGGGAUAAGGUGUUGUGUGCAGGGCCUCAUUAUUUGCUCAAAAGGCCUGUUAUAAUGAAGCCUUGGCUCCCAGAAUUUAAUUUCAAAGAGGAAAUCCUUACCACUAUUCCGUUGUGGAUAAAACUUCCUAAUCUUCCCCUUAACUGUUGGAAUUUUGUGGUACUAAGCAAAAUAGGCAGUAGUUUGGGAAAACCACUCUAUGCUGAUGAAUGUACAACUCAAGCAAGUAGAAUUUCAUUUGUGAGAAUACUUAUCGAAAUAGAUGUGACUAGACCUCUUCCUAAGAUGAUUAAGAUUCGAGAUCCUAAGGGGAAAAUGCUGGAUCAGCAAGUGUGGUAUGAGUGGAAGCCACUAUUUUGUCAAAAAUGUUUACAGGUGGGUCAUUCAUGUGUAGACAAGCCAAAAGUAAUACUAGCAAAGAGAGGACAAGGACUAGGGCAGAGGAAAGAAUGGAGGCAAACAACAAUAGGAAAUAAGAAUCAGGAGAAGCAAACAGAACAGCAAUCAGAACCUAUUCCUAAAGUGGGAGCACAAAAUGAAAAGCAAGGUUCACAGAAGCAAGAGAAUUGGCAAAUUGUGAGAUACAGGUCAUCUAACAAAAGAGUGACACUACAAUCUGCAUGGACUGAUAUACUGAACAGGGAGAGAGAUACAUAUGUGAAACUGGGCAUAGAGGAAGCUAGUAUUGAACCUGAACCUCCAAAUAAAAUAUGUUAG